AUGGCCAAAAUCGGAAAGGGUUUUCAGCUUGGCUUGAGCUGGGUUCCUAUGCGUGGACGCGAAAUUCCGGUUGGUGCACUUGAAGUCGACGAUGGCAUCUUCGUGGCGAGGGCAGAGUUGAGUGGUGAAAAGAUUCCUGGCAAAUACGUACAACGGUACCAGACAUGCUACUUGCCGUAUGGUGGGAAGGAGCAUGAGGUCUCGUUUUGCGAAAUUCUCUGCGACACUACCGUCACUUGCGGUGGCGCAUGCUACAAGUGGGUCGCAGAUAGCGAUGGCGAUGUGCCCAAGAAUGCAAUCAUUGCCGGAAUAGCAAGUGAUGGCGAGCCUCUCUAUAUUUGCAAGGCGCCAUGUCAGGGAGAAAUGUGUGUAGGAAAGGUCCACAUGGGCCACUCAUGCGCGUACAUCCCCUACGGCGGGGAGGAGAAGGCGGUUGAGCGGUACGAAGUUCUUGUUUUGCGGAAGUGA